GUGCCUUGGGUGGGGGAAGGGCGGUUCUCUGGCGAUGGGGGAGGAGAUGUUGUCUGGACGUUCUCUUUCCCUCUCUCUGUCGCUCUCUCUCUCCCUAUUUCUCCUCUCCCUCUCCCUCUCUCGCUCCCUCCGUCCCCGCUCCCCCUCGCGCUCUAAACCCAAACCAGGGGCAACAUUCCCCAGCACCUCCCUCCCCAGCCUCCCAUUCCCAGGCGGAGGAGUACCCAACCUCCCCACAAGCGCAGCAGGCAACGGCGGAACAGGGGGCAAGUCCUCCCUCUCAGCGGUAGAGCGAGGCACAGAGCUCGAGCUCGGAGCAGAGGAAGUGCGUUUCCCCGCUCCUGGCCCCUGACCCGGACCUGGACCCGGACCUUGCUGACCAGACUUUGCAGAUGAGGUAGACCGGUUCGACAACCAGCUCGACAUGCGUUUUAUCGACUUCAGGCCUGUGCCUGCCCUCUGACCCUUCUCAUCCGGACGCUCGCGGUCGUGGUCGCGGUCUUUGAUCGUAGCUGGCGGGAGGAGCCCACGGUGAAGCAGGUCUUCUACCUCUUCGGUAGGGGUGUUGAGGCUGCUUGCGUCGCUUGAGCAGGCGCUGCUGCCUGCGCUGAG